CUGUGCUUCUUCCCGUCAAUAUCAAGUACUGCACUCCAACCGUUGGAGCGCGGCCCAGUGAUCAACGCCUGGUCUCAAGCUGUAUGCUCGGUGAGACGGGACUCCUGCAGACGAUCCACGACCGGUUCCUUGCGCCACUCGGCCUUCCCAAGUUAGCCACUCGGACCAGGGGCUAUCAAUCACUCGACUUCAGCGACGACGACAUGACUCCCGAAACGCCUACCGAGGCCAUCGCGCCGGUUCUCUCCAAGGCGGCGCCCGACGCGGCCGACUACGGCGCCGCCGCCGACCCCGUCAAAGACGUGCGGGAGAGCUCAACCCCCUCGUCCGAGGCCGAAGCCGAGGCGGUCGCCGCGGGACUCUCGCAGCUCGAGGCGCGCGACGUCCACUGGUACUCGUACUUGCUCACGGUCGACUUCUGGGCCGUCAUCGCGGUCGGGCAGAUCCUGUCGCUGUGCAUCACGGCCACCAACACGUUCACGAGCUUCCUGUCGAGCGUGCACACCAUCAUCCCGGCCUUCCAGACGCUCUUCAACUACGCGCUCCUGGUGCUCAUCUGGCUGCCCGUCACCUGGCACCAGCACGGCUUCCGGCGGUGGGGCGAGAUCGUGCUGCGCGACGGCUGGAAGUACUUCAUCCUCUCGUUCCUCGACGUCGAAGGCAACUACUUCACCGUGCUGGGGUACGACUACACGACGAUUCUGUCGGCGCAGCUCAUCAACUUCUGGUCCAUCGUCUGCGUGGUCACCGUCUCGUUCCUGCUGCUGCGCGUGCGCUACCGGCUGCUGCAGCUCGCCGGCAUCCUCAUCUGCUGCGGCGGCAUGGGCGUGCUGCUGGCGAGCGACCACAUCACGGGCGCCAACGGCGGCGACGCGCCCGACGCGCUCAAGGGCGACCUGUUCGCGCUGCUGGGCGCCACGCUCUACGGCCUCAGCAACGUCUUCGAGGAGUGGUUCGUCAGCAAGCGGCCCGUGUACGAGGUGCUCUCCUUCCUCGGCCUGUUCGGCGUGUGCAUCAACGGCGUGCAGGCCGCCAUCUUCGACCGCGACUCGUUCCAGGGCGCCACCUGGAACGGCCAGGUCGCCGGCUGGCUGGUCGGCUACACGCUCUGCCUCUGCCUCUUCUACUCGCUGGCGCCGCUCAUCCUGCGCAUGGGCAGCGCCGCCGUCUUCGACAUCAACCUGCUGACCGCCAACUUCUGGGGCGUCAUCAUCGGCACGCGGGUCUUUGGCUACACCGUGCACUGGAUGUACCCCAUCGCCUUCGUCCUCAUCAUCUGCGGCUUGGUGAUCUACUUCUUGGCCGGCAGCAUCCUGGGCGACUCCAAGAAGCCGUGGCUCGGGGACAACCAGAAGGACGGCGUCGCGGGCAUCGGCACGGCCAAGCUGAAGGCGCUGAACGAGGCCCGGAGGAGGGGGCUGGCCGGAGGGAGCGCCGGGGGGCAGGUUUAGGAGGAGGCGUUGCGUAAGUUUGUCUGAGGGAGGUGUGAACGGGGUCAACUGUGUUGCAAGGCGCGAUGGCGGGCGGCAUGUUGUGGCGUUAUGUGGCUUUUUAUGUGUGGCAUUUUGUGGCAUGUUGUGGCAUGUUGUCAGGUUUCUCUCUGUCUCAAUCUGGCAGGGCAUGUAUCACCGAGAACAUGUUGGUCUACCGCCAUACACAUGUCUAACAAGUUCCAUAGCUCCGCUGUUGAGAGUAAUGAUUAAUGUGCGACGUUGUUCGCGGAUGGGGGAAAGGAGACGAGGGGCAGCAUAGGGUUAGGGGCUCCCUCAGCUGCGAGUCCAUCCGUUCCUGUGUCCAAAUGGACCCCGCAUUGAGCCGCUGUCAUGAUCACUGUCUCAAGCAUCUCCCGCGGCUUUCAGGAAUUUACCCCCAUGAUGUAAGGUGCCUGCACUGCCUGGUAGGUAAGGUAUGUACAGUACCUGUCAAUCCACCACAAUAUGUGCACUCGUGCCUGAUCCCAAUA